AUGUCCAGUGUACAGCAAGGGGAAAAGCAGCUCUUCGAAAAGUUCUGGAAGGGGACCUUCAAGGCGGUAGCCACCCCCCGCCCAGAGAGCGUCAUUGUGGCCAGCAUCACAGCCCGGAAGACUCUGAGCAACGGCACAUCAAACCACCAGGCCUACAGCAGCACUGAGAGGAGAAGUGAGUCAUCGAGUGCAGGUCCAGUUGCGCGGGCCCCACCUACAAAUGGAUGCAGCAAGACCAAGGAAAACAAGCAUCAAAAUCACCACAGACUGCGCAGAAGAUCCUGUGAUUCAGCUCAUUCUCCACCACCUCCAACCAAAAAGAAGAAAAAGAAGAAGAAAUCAGAGCGCAAGCGAAGACGGUCCCCUUCCUAUAGUCCAGCCCCAGCAAGAAAGAAGAAGAAGAAAAGCUCCAAGAAGCACAAAAGAAACAGGUCAGGACCAGCCUCCACAAAGAAACGACGGCACAGUUCAACAAGUCCCAAAAGGAAACGAAAGGACCAGAAAAGACAUCGAAGAAGGUCUCAGGUUGCACCAACUUCGCAUAAAGGCCACAGAUGCAGACGUUCUAGUUCACAGAGUUCAGCCUCCAGGUCUUCCAGCUGCUCCAGCAGAAAUGAAGCCCAUUCAGGAGCAGCGCAAAGCCUGCGAGGCAGAUCGAGAAGCAGCAACCACAGACCUUAUACAAAGGCCAGUACAAAGCAGAGAGUCCGCACCAAAAGCCGCUCCCAGUCAGCCAAAUCACCAUGUAAAAGCCCUCAGAAUAAAAACAGCAAACCAACUGACAAAAUAGGCAAGAUGUGCAAGUCAGGGUCUUCUGGGCAUGCUAUUGUGAAGGAAGAAUGCAACAAGCUUGACAGUGCACCCAGCCAGAACGGAGACUACCAAGAUUAUGACUCGGGCAAUGAUACAGCUUCACCCCCCUCGACUAAAGCCGCCUCUUCAGGAUCACAAAUGGAGGAGGAGAAAGGACAGCCUCUUGAACACAGUGCAGAGUUAGAGCGCCAGACAGUUUCCACGAGCGAGCUGAAGUUAAACGAUGUGGAACCCAGCUCAGAUUCUGGCAAUUCAGUGGCGAGCUGCUCGUCUCCAUGCAAUGCCGUGCCCACGUCCCCAAGUGCAUCACCAGGUGGUAAAGUACCCAAGCAGGACAGGAGGGAAUUACCUUCACCAUGUGACUGGCCACCAGUCGCUGAGAGCAAGAGAAGCCCUUCCCUUUCGCCGACCAGACAAUCGCCUGAAGGACAUCGUUCCAGAAGUGACUCCCGUAGCACUAGAGGACGAGGCAGGAGCUCCCCCAGUUCCAGCUGUUCUUCACGUUCCCAUUCCCCUGAAUACAAAUCAACCACAAAAUACUCAAGAAGCAGAUCACAUUCUUCAGGGAAAAGGUCUUCUUCACGCUCUCUGAGCUAUUCGCCAAAGUCUAGAAGGAGAAGCCCAGGAAGUAGGAGUUCCCGAUCACGACGCAGCCCCAGUUAUUCAAGAUACAGUCCGCAGAGGGACCAUGAGCGAGACCGGGAUCGCAAGAACUACAGUUCUCGAGACAGAGAGUCCAGGCGACGUCGGUCUCGCUCCUACUCGCCAAUGAGAAAACGGAGACGAGAUUCACCAAGUCAUCUGGAACCUCGACGGAUCACCAGUGCUCGCAAACGACCCAUCCCGUACUAUAGGCCUAGCCCCUCCUCUUCCAGCAGCAUCAGCAGCUAUUCCUCCUGGUACAGCAGCAGGAGCAGGAGCCGGAGCCGGAGCAGGAGCUGGAACCGCAGCCAGAGCUAUUCCAGUAGAAGCUGGAGUCGCAGUGCCAGCAGGAGCCGGAGCCGGAGCCGGAGCUCACCAGGACAGAGCAGCAGCCGCAGUAGGAGCAAGAGCUACGAUUCUGCAGGGAGCUACGAGAGCCUGCGACGCUGAACGCUCUCCCUGGCAACACAUUCCCUAUUUUCCCAACGCACCCCCUCCCCCAGAGCACUACAUUCCCCUUGCACCACCAUCCUUCCCUGCUGCCUACUUGCAGAUUGACCUCUCUGUUAUUUUGGUUUCCCACUGCUUAAGUGACGUGUGGAAUCUGGUGCAUGUGAAUGUGUCACAGCACAUGUGAAACAGAAAAACAGAUUCAUAUUUCUCCUUGUCCAUCCCUUACUUUAAAGAUGAAAUGAAAUCAUUGGGUGCUUUCUUUAUUUAAAAAAAAACUUAUGCCAAGUUUGAUCAAAGUAACUUAAAGCAAUUUCUCCAUCAUGUUUUGGUCUGAUUGUUACAAAGGGCUGUGUAGUCCCAACACAGAGUCAGUUCACAGUGCCAAUAGUAGCAAUUAAACAUGAAAGUUGUAGCAUCUCAGCAGGUGCACUGUAGCUAUUUUCAGAGGAAGCUUAGGCCCUGGCACACCGAGAUGAUGAAUAAGGUUAUGUGUGAGAACAGCUGACACAGGUUCCCUCCCACCACCGUUCUCACCAGCACUCGUCAUCGCCCUCACCCUUAGAAAUGCCAAGUACACCCAUUUCUCUUGGAUUCAGAGUGUCUGUUUGAUCGCAAACUCACCAUAGUAGAUCUACUGCAGUGUACAGUGUAUGGAUUGUACACCCUACCAUCUUGCUAGCUGCAUUUAGCAGUAGGAUACUGCUACCAUUCCAUUCCCCAGCAGAAAACAGCACCAGUUGUUAAUUUACAGCUACAGUUUCAAGCCCACUCACAGAAUGUGGCGAGAUUCCAACAGACCGCAACAGACUAUCAGUCUGAUCUGCUUUGCCUGUUUAAAAAUGAGUGUUUACGUGAACUGAUUCUGGUUAACCAGCAAGGCAAUGCGCUGAAAAAAAUUUAAUUGUUAACAAAUCUAAACAUUGAGGCCAUGUGCUGAAUAAUGAAAUAAUGCAAGGGAUGAAGGAAGGCUAGUCUUUUUCUCCAUAUAGUCUUAAAAGUCCUCACAUGAGAACAUGUUUCUUCUGUAAACCUCAACUUUUCCAGCCUUUUCUCUUUAUUAUUGGGGAAGUGACAUCAUUAGACCAAAAGAGUGGCCCGUAGUGCAGCAAGCUGCAUAGAUUUAAGUGAUUUGGAGAAGAGGGGUAAAACAGUAAACAGUAGGUGAUGCCAAGCUGUUUUUUUAAAAGCGGAUUGUCUAUAGGUGAAAGAGAGUGCUGAAGAAAAUAAGGAGUUCUUCACUGUUGGGGAUCUGAGAAAGAGCUGGAGUAGGACAUGAACUUUUAUUUCAGCAAACUAAAAGGAGGAAAAAGUGUGCCUAGGAUGAGAUAGCCACAACUAGAUAAUGUAUUUAUUUUAUAAUACUGAGUUAAUUGGAUUCAGAAUCUCGAGAAAGUAUUUUCAUUUCAUCUUUAACAUGUAUAUAUGUAUUUUAAAAGGAAGAUAACAUAAACUGCACUCCAAAGCAGACUGGGCUUUGUACAAGAGUCACUCAAAGCACAGAGGUUAUGAUACAUCAGGACAAUCUCAAACAAGAUUCUCCUGGUCAAACAAAUGUGCUCUGAAUCAGCUUCUAAUUGGCCCAUGGUUGGCAACCUUCCUCAGAGGUACAGUACAGCUGGCUGCUAGGUAUGGAAAGAACAGAUCGCAUCGAUGUAGUCAUAGAUAUUUUACAAAGAUUCAAUCUCUCACACAUUCCUUUGGCAGAGUGAAGAGGUUUGCACUCCAGCCAUGCUGUACCUGACCUGGACGUCUUUGAUAGUGACUCAGAGUGCCUGCAAUGGUGAAGUGUUUUGCUUACCAGAGUGAACAUCUUUCACCCUGACUGGCACCAAAUUCACAAAAAACAAAGCAACAGUAGCAAUCUGCCAAUGAUUGAAAAUAACCUUAUCCUGCAAGUUAGUACAUAAGGGUACCCCCUAGAUGACCUUUAGUAAAUUAUUGAUAGACUUUUAAUAUUGUUCCUUCUUUUGCACUCCAAUGAUAUUUAUUUCAAUUUGUCAUGUCUAAUUAGCAAAUAUACCAAAAUCUUUUCUGCUAAUUCUCGAUCAAUUGUAUUUUCACUAUGCACUGUAAAUAUAUUAAUAAAGGUCAAUACUGUACCCAUUUAUUUAAUAUUUAUUUGCCCUAUUUAUUUAACUUAUUUAUAUAGAGUAGGUAGCAGAGCCUCUACUUAUGGAACUGCCGUGCGUAGUGUGAACAAUCUCAUUGUUUUACUUUUUAUUUUGUAAGCCAUUCCAUACAAAACUUUGUGAAACUGUGUUUGUGAUUAAGGGCCUGUAAUCAUACCACUUCAAAUGAAAAUCCGAAUUAUAUGAACCUCCCAAUGAUAAAUUAUAGCUGCCAAAAAAUGCAUUGGUUAAUGUUCAGUAUUAUCAAAUGUAGCUAGAAUUACCAGUCACGCAUAACAAUUCUAUAGGUGUGUUUGUAUUUGUCAGAACGCUUUCAACCCAAAUAGUUUUUGAAUGUCUUAGAACAAACAAAAUAACAAGGUUGAACUGACUGCACACUUGUUCGAUAAUGUCAGUUGGUAUCUAAUUCUUCUAUCUCUUUCUGCACAGGAGUCAGAGGUUUCAGUUAAUAUUAUGUACCAGCUCUUUUAAUCUUCCUGUGAAAAUAAGAUAUAUUCUUCAUGACAUUAGUCUUCC